UAUAUUGAAGGAACGGAUGAAUAUUUGAUGGGGUAGAGAGGGCAGAAGAAGAGCAAAAACAAUAAAAAGUCAACGGGAGAAUACUUGAGAUGCAACGGAGGAGCAAUGAGAUAGAGGAGGCGGAGGAGGAAGAGGAUGGAAGGAGAGGACUGGAGAGUGUGAGAGAGAGAGAGUUGGAAGGAAGAAGCAGUGGAACAGUGUCGAUGAACGGAGAUGACAACGUGUAUGUUGGGGUUGGGAAAGGAGACUCGAGCAUGGAUGCAUUGCGUUGGGCUAUUGACAAUCUUAUCACCUCUUCCUCAACUCUUCUCUUUCUCAUCCAUGUCUUCCCUGAGACUCGCUUCAUCCCUUACCCCUUGGGGAGGCUGACGAGGGAGAAAGCAAGUCAAGAACAAGUUGAAAGCUUUAUGUCUCAGGAAAGGGAAAAAAGAAGAACUCUGUUGCUCAAAUUCCUUCAUGCCUGCUCUGCUUCUAAGGUGAAGGUGGAGACAAUACUGGUUGAGAGUGACUCGGUGGCUAAGGCUAUACAAGACCUCAUUACCAUUCUUAACAUUAAGAAGCUUGUUCUUGGGAUGGACAAGUCUAAUGCUAGGAAAGCAACGGUGAUGAAAGGAAACAGUGUUCCUGAACUGAUAAUGAGGAGCUCCGCAGCAGAAAUGUGUGUGGUCAAAGUCAUAUGCCAAGGAAGAGAAAUAAGCAUGGAGGAGGCGAUGAUGUUGAACAGCCCUUCUAAGUCCCCACUAGCGCAGCGCCCAAGGAAAGAUCAACCCGUUGAUCCUUUUGCUUGCAUUUGCUUUAUCAGUAAGCCCAAAACUAACAGUUAACGUAUUGAGAGAUCAAGAUGCAGAGGCUAUACAUUUGAUGUUAUGUUUUGUGCUUGGCUAGAGCGAGUAAAAAGGUUCUCUGAUAAAAACUAAUAAGGUUAACAGAAACA